GACACCGCUCACUCGCAAGAAAGUAAUUAAAGUGCCCGCAUCGCACAUUUCGCGCGCAUCACAUCGCAUCGAAUCUCGCACGCGUUUUAGCUUGGUUGGUUUACUCAGCUGUUCGUCGUGUCGUGUUUGUUUGGUUUGGAGGGAGACGCGCGAACGCGAAACUCUUGGGACCUACUACCUAUUUGGUUGGACGCGCAGGCAGAGUAGAGUAGUACAGUUGGUCAGUCUUUGGCGCAAGGUCGUGUCACAGCGCGAAAACGAGCGAAGAUAUAACUGGUGCAAGCAGCAUUUCACAGUUUGUUGGCACAUCCCAAGCAGCAGUGAAAAUCGCGAAUCUCGAUCGGUUGGCCAGUCAGUCAGUCGACAUCCAGCGUCAGAACAGGACCAGGAUUCAUCGCCGAGAGCGAUCGAGCCUGAUUUGGAUAGUUUCGAAGUGUGAUCAACGAAGUCAGCAAUUUGCAGCACUGCCUUUGGGCGCCUUCUUCAGGGUUGCAGAAUCGAAGUGUGCAUUUGCGUUUUGUUAGUUUUUGACGGAAGUUUCGAGGACAAGCAUUCGACCCGCAAGCGUUCGUGAAGUUAUUGUUUGCAGUUGGAUCAACAAAAUUCAUAGUGGCCCAUCAGCGAGUGUUUUCCAGUGUUGCAAAAAAUCAAUCGUAACAUACUUUGGAUUCUAUAGAACACACAACUCAGAGUGUGGAGCAACAAACAGAUUGGAGCGUUGAUUGUGAAGUGGAUCGCGCGGAGCUCUGAAGAAACAACCUUUGUGCAAACACCCCCAGUUAGCUAAGUACAAUUCAGUUUCGUUUCGAUUUGAAAAUUCCAUAUUGAAGUGAGUUUUCAAUUGUGCCAAAGCAGCAGAGCAGCAGUGCAAGCACGCUGUCCAGUCAAGAGGAAGAGCAGCAGCAGCAGCAGCCGCCAGAGCCCAAUUCCAGCCCCACUAGUAGUGGAAAUUCCCCGCAAAUCGCCAUCACAAUGACGGACGUUGCCCACGAACUCGGCGCCCUCCGGUUGAUAGUGGACUCGCCCCUAUCGUCCAAGGUCGCCCUAUUCAACAAUGUCACCAAAACCCAUAUGCUGUCGCAAUCAGUGAACCCCUUCUCAGAAUCCCAAGGCGAACGCGGCAUGCAGAGACUGAAGAUCAGCAAAGAGGAAUACGGCAGACCGAAAGCCGGCAGCCUUACCGAGUACCGGGGGAAGAAGGCCAACAUCCAGGUGUACCAGGAGAUGUUGGAGCUGUGCACCGUAAUCAGCGACGAGGGCCAGCCCGUCUCCAAGAAGGAACCGGAACUGCGGGUCAUCAUGUUCGGAGAACUGUUCAAUAUCUACACCCACAUCAACGACAAGCUGGUCGGGCUGAUGUUGCGCGCUCGCAAGCACGAGCUGAUCCAGUUCGAGGGCGAGAUGCUGUUCCAGCGUCGGGAUGACCACGUGCCGGUCUUCCUGCUGAAACCCAUAAGCCAGAUCCGGGAGAUCCUCGUUGGCAAGCAGACGGAAAUCCGCCGGAGUUUGAGUCCCAACCCGCAGCCUACUGGGAUGCUGUAAGCUAAGUGCGCGCGCACACGCAGAAUCACACGUCAGUCAUCGCACGCAAAGAAAAUGGGAGUGAGAGAGCGGGAGAGAACAGGACGUUAACCAAGGAGGCUGUGUGCGUGUCGGGCGGCGAGAGAUGACAAAUACCGGGGGUGCUACGAUGGAUAUUAAUGUUAGUUGAAGUGUGUUAGUUAGGUAGUAGGCGAGAGAAAGAGAGUGAGUGAGAGGGAGAAUGCGGCCAAAUGAACGAAUGAGAUGUGAUUAAUCGUACUGAGAAUAUCGAGAGAGAGAAUAAUCUGUAUAUUUUAGUAGGUUUGUUUUGAUGGAUCGUGCUGAAAAAAAAAAUUUAAGCGAGAGUGCAUAUCUCGGGAUCAAUCUGACAAAAUCGAAAGACAUGUUGUUGUUUUCUGUUCUGUCAAAAACAUAUCGGACAAAUUUUUGGUACUUUGAUUAUUGGUUUUCGUUCCUUUUCUUAGAUGUUUCUUUUUUCGAUUCCGGAUAAGUGAGACGGAUAGAGCGUGAUUCCGGUAAAUUCCAGGGAAAAGUUAAACAUUAAUACUACGUACUUAUUACUUUUACCAAUAAAACUCACUAAUACUAGUGACGUGUACUAGUGUUGUUGGGCCAGCAGAAACAAACAGAACCAAAAAUAGCCGUUAAGUUUAAACCCCGUUAGCCCAGUUACUUAACUUUGGUUAUUUAUUUCCUAAGAUUUCCUCGCUGUUUUCCCACAAUUGCUUCUUUUGUUUUCGUCGACGAGUCAAGCUCCAGCCGAUAAGGCAAUUUUUCGUUCGUGCAAUAUUUAGUUUUUAAACUGUUCCGCUUUUCGUUAUCUUUUCCGUUUUCCUCUUAGUGCGGUAGUCACAGUAUUAUACACUUAUUAUACAAAAAAGAGGAGAAAGGUACACUCUAAACCCCCGAAAAAACAAGACGAGAGAGCAGAAAAUGUAAACAAAUCGCGGCACCUGUUGGUAAACCACGACGGAACAAUGGGCGCUUCCAACCAAUCACUUUUCUGAUGAUGAAGUCAUAAUGCGAUAAUCGCAUCGUGAGAAAAGCAAUAACGAGAUCGAAGCAUGCGUGCACUGAACAAACACUUCCGUACCGCGUACCGCAUCGCCUUCUUCGCAUCACGCGAAAAAGAUCGGAAUCAAAACAAAACAAAAGAAAGGAAAAGCUUGUCCAAUUUCUUUUGGAUGCGGCGGCGGUAACUUUGGCGGUCGAACCCGAAGCCGAGUGAAAGGAAGUUACGCUAGCGUGAUACCCAGAUCUUCAGAAGUAGGUGAGAAGGAAUGUAGGUGCCAAGUUCCCACGCGCGCUCACUUUGUGAUUUACCAACAUGUGUGCUCUGCGCUACUUUAGGUAUAGGUAGGUAGGUGUUUGCAAGUUGGAUGAGUCUCUUGAUGAGGGGUAGAGUAGUGUGUAGACACGUAACCUAUGGUAACUGUGUAAUAAUUAGAUUGCUAGAUAGUGAGAAAAAAGAUUCAAUGAAUGAAAAAAUAUACACAUUAGUUUACAUUACCGUAACUAG